UCCUAGCUCCCAGUUGUGACUCCCAUAGCCUUCCAACCGUUGAAUCCCUUACUUGAGGAAGGUCUGAUCUCUCGUAGCUCUCGCCGUCGAAGGGCCAUUUCCUUGCGUCACCAUCUCGGUCCUUUAGGAGCUGCUUGUCACCUCACCAUCUCUGAUCUCAUAAAAUCCGGAUCUGUCAUCGUUGUUGUCGGUUUGGAGCUACUGCUGGAAUUUAAGAUGGUUAGAAAAGGUCUUUACACAAAAAAAAAAAAAUCAAAUUUAGGACCAGCGUAUUAGCAACCUCAAAUGGGAGCGCCUGCAGCUUUGUCUUCCCACCACAAUGACUUUCAAAUUUUUCGGGUCAGUGGUGAUGGUGUUCUCACAACUUCAUGCCCGUUCUGUCCACCCUGCAGUAAACCAAAGCCUGAUCCACAGACGAGCACAAAUAGUACCCAGAACUUGGAGAUUCCGAUGGGCGAUGGCAUAAUCAAGCAGGCAAAAUUAAGUGUAAGGGAAGCUAUGGAACGGCCUAAUGGUAGAAGGAUCAUACUCAAGUUCAACAGCAAACUACAACCAAUUGGAGACAAAGCUGGACUGUUGAGUGGCAUUCUUGGUCUGGUAGGAGUUGACUAUGAAAAAUUUUCUAUCUGUGAGAAAAGUUGGCACAAGAUUACCACUAAAGACAAGGUUUAUAAUAAAUGUGUAAAGCAAAUUUUUUACUUUGACGAGGAUAGUGAAGGAACUAUCAAAAAAAAUAUUUUGAAAAGUAUGGGGAAGUCCUGGAAGGAUACAACACUGAGGUUGUAUGAUGCUUAUUAUGACUCAACAUUAAUGGCUGAACAAAAUAUUGAGAACCGCCCACCAGUAAUUGAUAGAGAGCAUUGGAGAUGGUUCCUUGGAUAUCGCAGUAAACCUAAGAAUGAAAUGAUUGACGAGAUUGAGCAACAUGAUGAGUCUUCUAGAGUGUUGUCUCAAAAUGAUUCGCUUGCUCAAGCUUUCAAAAAAGAGAAACCGGGUAGAGCAGAGUUGGAAGCCGAGAAAUUGAAAAGGAAUGCGAUGGAGGAUGAAACAACAACAGAGAAGAAAAAGAGGCAGGCAAUAGAGAGUGCUCUGAGAUAUCUAUUUCAACGGCAGGGUGAGGAACUGCCUCUAGACAUCGCUGCGGAGAUCAAUUCUGUGGAAGGAUAG